ACAGUACAGCUGCUGUUUGUAAGACUAUAAAUCUCCCUGAUUACUGCCAGUCUGCUGCUGCACGGUCUGCAGCUGUAACAUUGCAAGUACCUGUAACGUUUAGCAAAGCAGAGUGAAUUCCACAGUACGUCUCCACUCCUCAGCAGUGCCAGACACAGAGACAGAGGUGAAUGAGGGAGCUGCUGUUUUGCUGUGAGAAAGUGUUGGGAGAUAAAUCCCUUCAGCGGCAUGUUGGAACAAAAUCAGGAGGUGAAGAAACCAGCUCAGUUCAUGUUGCAGAGGGUGGAGAAGGAGAGCUGGCAACAGGACGAAUCAGGAGGCAAGAGUGGAAAAAAAAAAAAAACUGAAGAGAAAGGAAAAGUCCACAGUUUAAGACGAGAAAGGUGAGUUUUGUUGCUGUUGAGAGUUUAUGAAAAUCUGAAAAGGGAAAGAAAAAAAAGAAAACUGAGGUUGAAAGUGAAGUGUGGAACCAGGUGGAGAAGAGGAAAAAGACUUUGCAGUGAGAGUGAAGAAGUAAAGAAAAGGGUUGAUGUUGCUCAGCAGGAAUGAGAUGAAAGGCUAGACGGUUAAAUUGCAGCGGGCCAGGAGCGACGGUGGGCGGGGAGAGAGGAAGUGUGGUCGACAAGAGAGGAAUUUAAAGCCUCAUUGUUCUGGAAGAGCAGAGGGAGAGAGAGCUGAGCAGCUGAGGACUCGAACCACCGACAGACGCUGAACAACAUGGACGUGAGCUCAGCCAUGGAAAAGAUGACUGUGAAGCAGAGUGCAGGAGGUGCAGGAGGAGGAGGAGGAGGAGGAGGUUCAGCGGUGUGUCUCGUAUGUAAAGAGAGCUGCUCUGGAUUUCAGCCACAUUCUUGGAGGAAAGCCUGCAUGGCGUGUGGCUGCAGCACGGUCGACCACGCUCCCGGGACUGAUGUGGAAGACGACCAGCGAAUGGGACGCCUGCUCGCAGACUCGCCCUGCUCCCAUUUGACAGCGAAGGUUAAAGGAGGUGGCGGCCUUCGCAUGUACAAGAGGAACCGUAUGAUCGUGACCAAUCCGGUGGUGUCACGCAAAGAUCCGACCUUCAAUACCACGACAUACGACUGGGCGCCGGCCGGCCUCAACCAGAAACUGGCCAUGCAGUACAUGGAGCUCAUCCCAGAGAGUCAAUGUCCGGUCUCGGGGACAGAUGGAGCGUUGGAGCGACGCAGGCAGCUCCUCAGUCAGCUCCCCGCCUACGAUCAGGACCCCAUGAAGUGCCAGAGUCUGGCCAGUGAGGAGGAGAUUUCCUCCAUGCUGCUGUUUGUGAAGCAGUACAAGCAGGAGGUGCUGGGAGUCGGGGAGGUGGCUUUACCUGGUGAGGACGGAGCUCUGAAGGAAGCAGCCAUUCAGAGGACAGCGAAGGAGGCCAAGGACCGCAGCAACAGUGACAAGAAGGACGCUCUGGAGCACCGAGACCACAGCUCAGCCAAUAACAACGCUGCCUCCACUGCUGGUUCCACUAAUGGAACAAAUGACAGCACGAAGACUGAAUAUCGAUGUACUGGUUGCCACGGUGAGGUUGCCAAGGAGAGUCCAGCUGUUUACACUGAGCGCGCAGGUUACCAUAGCGCCCUGUGGCAUCCUACCUGCUUCGUAUGUUCAGAGUGUGGCCAGGGAUUGGUGGACUUGGUCUACUUCUGGUCCAAUCAGAGGCUGUUCUGCGGACGACACUACUGUCAGACGGUCUGGCCACGAUGCUCAGGCUGUGACGAGUUGAUCUUCUGCCAGUCGUUUCACACAGGAAAAGAUGGACGGACAUGGCAUCAUCACCAUUACUGCUGCUGGAAAUGCGGACAAAACCUGGAUACACCCUGUCAGCACUGAUGCACAUAAUAUAGUAUUAAAUACAAUAUGGCGUUCAGUAUUAUUACGUUUUAGCCAUGCUCCAAAACAAAAUUACCAAAAUUACAUAGCGCUCAGCUAUUGAAUUUUAGAAUUGACUGGUUGGUUCGCAUGUAAGCCUUGACAAGAGAAAGAGACGUAAUGGAUAAAUAAUAAUAAAUAAGUAGCUGUAAGUCUUUAAAGUAUAUGUUUAGUGGACAUAUUAGUAUUUAAAAUAUGGUAUUCUACAAAGAAAAAAAUGUCCAGUUGAUUUAUCAGUGUUUAAAACACUUAAAGACAUUUAGCUGACACUGAAGUACUCAUAGACUUGUUCAGUUGAGCCUACUGGUGUUUCAAGUACUUGAGGAAAUGUUUAGUUGACACAUUAGUGUUUAAAGUACUUAAAGAAACAUUUGGUGGAUUUAGUAGCACUUAAAGUACUGACAGUGACGUGAGCCAGAUGUGCUGGUUUCAGCCUGCAGCAUUUCAGAUACAAACAGCAGCUUUGUACGGAGGACCAAACCUGACAUUGUAGGAAACAAAUUAGUGCAAAAAUAAGAUGAUCAAAUAAAAUGAGAAAUAGAUACAUAAAUGAAAAAAGAGACAACAAUCAAAAUACUGAAGGAAAAAAGAGCUAAACAUCUAUGAGAAUGUAUUCCUAAAACAUCAUGUGUAAUCUGUGCAGAUUUGUGUUUCACUUGUUAACAUUUAUUUAAGGUAGAAAUAUCUCAUUGGUUGAUUUAAACCUCAGAGAACUGGACAGGCUGGAAAAAGUAUCUCACAAUUAGCAGGCUACUUAACAAAGUGCUCUGCUGGAUUUUUAUACUAUUUUUUUUCUAGAUUUUAAUCAUCUGCCUUUUAAUAACCACAUUUAAGUUGAGUCGCGUGCUUGUUGUACGAAUUGUACAAAGAGAAACUUUUGGUUUUACCAACCAUUAAUGACUUUUUCUUAAUUUUCUUCUCUUUUCAUUCAUGUACCGACGUGUUAUUUCAGUCAAACUGCAGAUUUAUUUUGCAUUUAACCUCUUUCAUGAUAUCUGCUGCUGCUAAAUGCUGCAUUAUGCUCUUAUAUUUCUGAAAAAGUUUUGUAUUUUAACAAAAGAUUAAAAAAUGUGUGAUGUGUCAACCAAACAGAGAGUACUGUGAGGUAAACAAGGUCAAAGUUUAUUUUGGCUGCAGAGUAUUCUUGCUGAAAUAUGAAGUCUACACUUCACAGAGGCUAACUAGCUUUACUAUGUUUUGUUCCAUGGAAUAAAAAUCCUCAUAAUUAAACAACAGUAAAGGUCUAAAAUUCAACCAGCAAAAAAUUAUCUAUAGUUAUGAAACGCUGUAGUAAGAACAACUAGAGGAUCUCCAGAACGACCCAAAGGACCAUGAUAUACCAGUUAGGUUUAGGCACAGAAACUACUUGGUUAAGGAAAGAUCAUGGUUUGGAUUAAAAUGAAGGUUG